UCGGCGCGGCGGAGCGGCCGACAUGGAGCCGAGUGGCGGCCCCGGGCCGGGCCCUGUCCCGGUCCCGGGGAACAACAAGGGCCGCGGUGGGGCGGCCGCGCCCGGGAGGGGCCGCGACUUGGCCCGGCCGCCGCGCAAGGACUCCGAGGGCUAUUCGGAGUCACCAGACCUGGAGUUUGAAUAUGCAGACACGGAUAAAUGGACAGCAGAGCUGUCAGAGCUGUACAGCUACACAGAGGGGCCAGAGUUCCUGCUCAACAGAAAAUGCUUCGAGGAGGACUUCAGGAUCCACAUGCGGGACAAGAAGUGGCCGGAGCUGGAGCGGACGCAGCACCGCACGCACGCCAUGCGCCUGCUGGACGGGCUGGAGGUGACGGCACGCGAGAGGCGCCUGCGCGUGGCACGCGCCAUCCUCUACGUGGCACAAGGCACCUUCGGCGAGUGCAGCUCCGAGGCCGAGGUCCAGGCUUGGAUGAGGUACAACAUCUUCCUCCUGCUGGAAGUGGGAACCUUCAACGCCUUGGUGGAGCUGCUCAACAUGGAGAUUGACAACAGCGCAGCCUGUUCCAGUGCCGUGAGGAAACCGGCCAUUUCCCUGGCUGACAGCACCGACCUCAGGGUGCUGCUGAACAUCAUGUACCUGAUUGUGGAGACUGUGCGCCAGGAGGCCGAGGGGGACAAGCCUGAGUGGAAGAGCAUGAGGCAAACCUUCCGAGCAGAGCUGGGAGCCCCCCUGUACAACAAUGAACCCUUCUCUGUCAUGCUCUUUGGGAUGGUGACCAAAUUCUGCAGUGGCCACGCUCCACACUUCCCCAUGAAGAAAGUGCUGCUUCUGCUCUGGAAGACUGUGCUGUGCACCCUGGGAGGGUUUGAGGAGCUGCAGAGCAUGAAGGCAGAGAAGAGGGAGAUGCUGGGCCUGCCCCCCCUGCCCGAGGACAGCAUCCAGGUGAUCCGCAACAUGCGGGCGGCCUCCCCGCCCGCCUCCGCCUCCGACCUCAUCGAGCAGCAGCAGAAACGCGGCCGGAGGGAGCACAAGGCCCUCAUUAAGCAGGAUAACCUCGAUGCCUUCAACGAGCGGGAUCCAUACAAGGCUGAUGAUUCCCGCGAGGAAGAAGAGGAAAAUGAUGAUGACAACAGCCUGGAGGGAGAGACCUUCCCCCUGGAACGGGAUGAAGUGAUGCCCCCCCCUACCCAGCACCCCCCCAGCGACCGCAUCACCUGCCCCAAAGGGCUGCCCUGGGCCCCCAAGGUCCGGGAGAAGGACAUUGAGAUGUUCCUGGAAUCCAGCCGCAGCAAAUUCAUCGGCUACACGCUGGGCAGUGACACCAACACCGUGGUGGGCUUGCCCAGGCCCAUCCAUGAGAGCAUCCGCACCCUGAAGCUGCACAAGUACACGUCCAUUGCUGAGGUGCAGGUGCACAUGGAAGAGGAGUACCUGCGCUCUCCGCUCUCAGGAGGAGAAGAGGAAGUGGAGCAAGUCCCUGCAGAGAUCCUGUACCAGGGCCUGCUGCCCAGCCUGCCCCAGUACAUGAUUGCUCUGCUGAAGAUCCUCCUGGCUGCAGCCCCCACCUCCAAAGCCAAGACAGACUCCAUCAACAUCCUGGCAGAUGUCCUGCCUGAGGAGAUGCCGACCACUGUGCUGCAGAGCAUGAAGCUGGGCGUGGAUGUCAAUCGGCACAAGGAGAUCAUUGUCAAAGCCAUCUCUGCUGUGCUGCUGCUCCUGCUCAAACACUUCAAGCUCAACCACAUCUACCAGUUUGAGUACAUGGCCCAGCACCUCGUCUUUGCCAACUGCAUCCCACUCAUCCUCAAGUUCUUCAACCAGAACAUCAUGUCCUACAUCACUGCCAAGAACAGCAUCUCCGUGCUGGACUACCCCUACUGUGUGGUGCAUGAGCUGCCAGAGCUGACGGCUGAGAGCCUGGAAGCUGGAGACAACAACCAGUUCUGCUGGCGGAACCUCUUCUCCUGCAUAAACCUCCUGCGCAUCCUGAACAAGCUGACCAAGUGGAAGCAUUCCCGCACCAUGAUGCUGGUGGUGUUCAAGUCGGCGCCGAUCCUGAAGCGGGCUCUGAAGGUGAAGCAGGCCAUGAUGCAGCUCUACGUGCUGAAGCUGCUCAAGGUGCAGACCAAGUACCUGGGCAGGCAGUGGAGGAAGAGCAACAUGAAAACCAUGUCAGCCAUCUACCAGAAAGUGAGGCACCGCACCCUGGCAUCCCAGCCCAACGAGCGACUGUGGCCCCUGGCACCCCAGCCCGCAUCCCUGUUCCCAGACCUGGAUGCCCGUCCCUGGGAUUUCCAGGCAGAGGAGUGUGCCCUGCGUGCCAGCAUCGAGCGCUUCAACUCGCGGCGCUACGACCGCGCCCACGGCAACCCCGACUUCGUGCCCGUGGACAACUGCCUGCAGAGCGUGCUGGGCCAGAGGGUGGAGCUGCCCGAGGACUUCCAGCUCAACUACGACCUCUGGCUGGAGAGGGAGGUGUUCUCCCGGCCCAUCUCGUGGGAGGAGCUGCUGCAGUGAUGGACACAGGGAUGCAGGAUGGGUUGCUUGGAGAGCUGGAGGCUCACGGGGCAGGGGGGUCUCUGGGUGGCUGUGCUGUUGUGGUGGGCUUGGGAAGAGCAUGGAGCUGAGACCACAUCCUGCCCCUCUGCCUCCUUCCAGGCUCAUCCCAAAGCUGAGGGUGCCCUGGGGGUUUCCUGUUUGGGGGGGAUCUCUGCCCACCCCCUGUGAUGCUUUCAGGGGCAUUUCCUUCUCGUGCCCCCCGGCCAGGAAGGGGGAGCAGGUGGCAGUGGGGUCCUUGGGUGGGACACCAGGCUGGCCCUGCCCAGCCCCCCUGGGGGGUUUGGGGGCUUGAGGGGCUGGGGUGGCCUCCCCUCACCCCACGAGGGGUGCAGGAGCUGUACAUAUAUUAUAUAUAUUUGGUGAUACCUCU